UGAAUAAUGAUCGUACUUAUACAAAACGAUUCCGUCAAAUUAUUCCACUUGUAUUCACGUCAGUCACUUCCUGUAUCUGCCAGCACCCUUUCGAUGAUGGCUAUCUCGAUUGACCGCUAUUUCACUGUGAAAAACUACAGGCCAAUUGGACAAGUAGCAACUAGACGGCAGCUAUUGAGCAUCGCUGUAGCGGUUACCUGGCUGUCAGCUGCUGCUCUGGCUUCUUUCCAAAUCAUAUCAAGAUACAAACACCCGUGGAAAAAGGGCCUCGUGAUCAGUAGAAUAACGAUGGCCCAUAUAAUUCCUGCCUUCGCGGUCAUGAUGAGCCAUUUAGGGGUGCAUUCGAAGUUAACAGCGCUAUCUCUGACAGCUAGAGCUAAGCAUGGGGAGCUGCCGCUACCGAUACCUUUGAUGAGAAGGCCUACGCACGUUAUUAUCGUUGCUGGAAUGCCCAAGGGCAGAGAACAGAUGAGAAUCCCGACGGCUCAAGACACCAUGGAAGAGACAGCCCCUCCAACAUCGACCCUGCGCAGCCGUCGCAGACUGGCCAACUGUCUGUUGUGCUUGUCGCUGUUCUUCAUGAUGUGCUGGCUGCCCUACGUAGCCUCCCAGUUCUACGAAGAGCUGAUGCAAGCCCCCCCGGAAUACGUCAAACAGAUCACCCUGUUCCUGGGGCAUAUGCAUUCCGCUAUCGGCCCCAUUCUCUAUUGGAGCAUGAACCACAAGUGGCCAAAGGGGCCUUGCAGCAGACUCCGCACCCUGACGAUCUACAGGAGCGCCUCUUCGACUAACGAAGCAGCGCUGGGGCCGUUCAACCCCCG